CCAGAUCCCAGUUGGGGUCAAUGGGCCGUAGCUCCAUUGGAGUCAAUGGGGCCAGAUCCCAGCUAGGGUUAAUCGGCCGUAGCUCCAUUGGGGUCAGUGGGGCCAGACCCCAGCUGGUGUCAAUUGGCUGUAGCUCCACUGGAGUCAAUGGAGCCAGAUCCCAGCUGGGGUCAAUGGAUCGAAGCUCCAUUGGGGUCAAUGGGGAGCUUCCAAUCUGAAAGUCAGGAAACAGGCUCCACAGGUUUUAAUCUGGCCAGACAACAAGGGGACCCCAAAGGGGCAUGACUCCUACUGCAGGGCUCACCCCAGGCACAGCAGAACACCCCGUCCACCAGUGAAAUCGGGGGGAGAUGAGAGAGCCCAUCUUCCACCCACAGACGUUGGGAGCCCUCAGAACGGUUAGGCCAGCUGGUGUCUGUGCACUGUCUGGUUUCAUUCAUGCCCAGUCUAGCCCACAAGUCUGGUGUCUGUCUUGCAGAUGAAUGUCGGUUCGCUCCUCUUCCCAGUCCAUGCUGCUUCCCUUCUUGAUUCUCCACUUUGCAGUGGUGGCAACCUCAGCACCAGACAUUGUAGCUCAGUUUCAGGGGGACGUCACUCUGAGCUGCCUCUUCCCGUCCCAGCCCGGGAUGAACCUCCAGCGUCUGACCCUCACCUGGCAGAAGGAGCGGGUAGGGGCAGAGGCUCUGGUGGCUCAUAGUUACUAUUACGGGAAGGAGCAGUUGGAGAGACAAGACCAGAUUUAUAGGAACCGGACCCAGAUGGAUCCAGAGGGGCUGGCCCGGGGGAAUGCGUCCCUGACACUGAGGGGUGUCCGCAUACAGGACGAGGGCAUCUAUCUCUGCCACAUCACCUCAGAGCAGGGCAAGAUUUCAGUGAGGAGGCAGGUUGCAGUGAUGGGUAAGCAGGUACCUCCUUGAGAGUGUGAGGCGCCAACCUGGCCCCAUUGAAAUCAGUGACCAAACUACCUGUGAUUUCUCUGGGCCCUGGCAGCCAGCACCGCAGACCUUCCAUUGCUUUGUGUUCCAGCCUCGUACUAGGAGGUCCGACUGGAGGUUAGCGUGAGCAGCCAGGUGACCCUGACCUGCCGUGCGGAGGGCGGGUACCCUGAGGCCUCCGUGCUGUGGCUGGACGGAGCCAGGAACAACAUGACGGUGGAGAGCGACAC